AUGUGCAAGCCUGUUCGAUAUGUCCAUCCUGGCUGCGGUCAUCCCGUCGAUCUGGGUCCGGGAGUUUGGACUAUCGAGAGAUGUCGACUGGCACACCUUUCCAAUAGAGAAUGUUGGAUCCCGCACGACGUCCCUGACGAGUUGAUCAACCGGAAGACAUGGCCUAGCGACAAUCUACCUGAGCCAUGCUAUAUGCCACAUGAGGCAGAGAUCUCUGAUGAGGAGUUUGAGAUUUCGAUUAUGAGGCAGUUGACUUGUGUGGAGGAGGUCAAGCACACCAUCACUCUCCAAGCCAAAGACAACAACGAGGAUACUGAACUUUUCGCUAAAGACAUACUCCUCGAUGGAUCUAUCCUCCUAAACUAUAACGAACUCAUCAUUGAGGAAGAAGAACUACUCUCCGACACCGAAAGCCUCCUCGACUCUGAAGACACGCUCAUGGGCGAAGACGAGCUCAACCGUUACGAACAAGCCUUCCUCCUCCAAGACACAAACGACGAUGACCUAUCUUACAUAACCAAAGUCCUCGACCAGACUGCCACCGAGCUCUCCAUCGCCGCAACAGAAGAUAACAUGGAAUGGGCACAGGUAGCAGCACUAGAAGUGGACAUGGCGCCUUUUGGUCAAGCAGACAUGGAUAUGGACGACCAUUUCCCUUGCGAAGUAGAAUGGCUUUGA